CGCACAUUCACACAGCCGUUGAUGUGCCUGUUGACUAGACGUGUGUGUGUUUGUGUGUGUGUGAGUAUUAAGUAAGCAUGGCGGGCAGUAGGUUCUACAGUCUCUCCGCUAACCUGCUGUCAGGGGAGCCCUUCAGUUUCUCCUCUCUGAAAGGGAAGGUGGUCCUGAUUGAGAACGUGGCGUCCCUCUGAGGCACGACCGUCAGGGACUACACGCAGAUGAACGAGCUCCACUGCCGCUACUCCGCAGAGGGGCUCGUCAUCCUGGGAGUACCCUGUAAUCAGUUUGGCUAUCAGGAGAAUGGCGACAAAGACGAGAUCCUGAAUUCGCUGAAGUACGUGCGUCCCGGCUCAGGCUUUGAGCCCAAAAUCACCCUGCUGGAGAAAACGGACGUCAAUGGGCAGAACGCGCACCCCCUCUUCUGCUACCUGAGGGAGGUGCUGCCUGUGCCCCGCGACGACCGCGUCCCCCUCAUGACGGACCCCAAGUUCAUCGUCUGGAGCCCCGUGACGCGCUCCGACGUCUCCUGGAACUUCGAGAAGUUCCUGGUGGGCCGCGACGGAGAACCGUUCCGCCGCUACAGCCGCAGGUUCCUCACCAGCGACCUGGAGGCCGACAUCAAGCAGCUCCUGGCUAAGGCAACAUAGGUGGCUUACCCCAACCCCUCACCCUAAUAGACCGCUUACCCCAACCUCUCACCCUUACCGUAGCAACAUAGUCCGCUUAACCCUGACCAAGACAGCUUAGGCCGCUUACCCCAACCCCUUAUCCUAACAGACCGCUUACCCCAACCCCUCACCCUGGCCAAGGCAACAUAGGCCACUUACCCCAACCCCUCACCCUGGCCAAGGCAACAUAGGCCACUUACCCCAACCCCUCACCCUGGCCAAGGCAACAUAGGCCACUUACCCCAACCCCUCACCCUGGCCCAGGGCAGCAUAGGCCACUUACCCCAACCCCCCAUCCCACAUCCCUCAUUCAUUUACCCAAACUAACAUCAAGCAGCUCCAGACCCCACUCCUUGUACCCCAACCCAAACCUUGCUGUAGCUCUCACCCCACGAUCAAGCAGCUCCUGGCCAAGGAAACUUUUCUGGCUUUCACACUAGCCCAGGUAACAUAGACCCCACUCCUCUGCAACUCUCACCUAAGCCCUGUAUGUUCAAGGCAAAUAAUAUAGUCUGCCUACGGGAUAAUCCCCAAAAAAUGUGAUAAUUUUAUUAAAUAAAAUUCAAAAAUGAUAUGGAUGCAAGUACACAUUAUAUUGUGCAGUAAGAAGAACACAAGAAGCACCAGGUAAUUUGAAAUGUGCGGUAUGGGGCAGUAGCUUGUGAAUUCCUGGUGAAGCCGCCCUUCUCCGGCCACAGGCCCAAGCUGAGUUGACGGCUGGGGGCAGAUAGUGGGUGCCGAGCUCCCUGGAGGGAUUGAUAGCAUUGAAGAUGUGUACGUGUAACACUCAAGCUUGUCUGUGUGUGUGUGUGUGUGUGUGUGUAUGUGUGGGUGUGUGGGUGCAUGCAUGCGAGUGAGCGAGAGAGAGAGAGAGAGAGAGAGAGAGAGAGAGAGAGAGAGAGAGAGAGAGAGAGAGAGAGAGUGUGUGUGUGAGUGAGUGAGUGUGUGAGAGUGCGUGCGUGCGUGCGUGCAUGUGUAUUGAUAAACCUCCCUCCCUGACCAGACCACACCCAGCAGCCUUAUCUGUCUGUCAGCACAUUACAGUCUUAGCAGAAGUCCGGCCAGUUCUGCAGUCGUACCUACGUGUAGCUCACGCUACCCUUUGCAAUUUUUUUUUUACCUUUUAAACCUUUGUUUUUUUAACAUUCUACUCAAAAUUCCAGUGUAGUCCUGAUUGUUAACCUUACCCCACUGCUUUCCCUUAACACAUGGGUCUGUCAACCCAUUCGAGCAGCCCCUAGCAACUAGAAGGUGCCAGUCAGCAAUAAAUGCACCUGGUCUCCGUGGAGACUGUUGCCUGAGGCAGAGGGGUUCUUUUUACAGAAUGAUGGCGCACCUUGAAAUCCUUGUGAGAGGUGUGCUUGAUGCCACUCAAGUGUUGUAAGGACUAACCCCCUUUAACUGCUACAGGCCCAGGUCUGUGAGGACUAGGGUUGCAUUUUCUUUGAAUCACCUCAAAGUUGUUUUAAUAAAAAUGGCUACUUUUGUAGGACG